UAGCACCCUCCUCUCACUGCUGCUGCUGCAGUGGGUACAGGCAUAGCUGGUACAAGCAGCUCCGCUUCCCCAGUAGAGAUCAAGGCUCGGGGCAGAAGGCUGGGAGGCAGCGAUGGAGCUCCUACAGGGAUCCACCGGGGCACCGCAGCUGCUGAAUUUGGGGGCUGGGGUUGUCGCUCUGUUGUUGACAGUUGUGGCCAUGCGAUCCCUGCCUUCCCUGAUGGAUUACUGGAGGCUAUGGAGGGUGAUGAAGCCGAUUCCAGGUGUCAGCCCCUGCUAUCCUGUGCUGGGAAAUGCUCCACUCUUCGAGAAGGAAGGAGAAGGUUUUUUUAAACAACUACAAGUUUAUGUUGAAGAGUUCAGGAGCUGGCCAUUGUUCAAACUCUGGAUAGGACCAUUGCCUGUCCUGGUUUUGUAUCACCCUGACAGUGUGGAGGUUAUUCUGAACAGUUCAAAACAUAUAGAAAAAUCAUACCUGUACAAAUUCCUGCAUCCGUGGCUGGGUACUGGGCUUCUGACAAGCACUGGAGACAAGUGGCGAUCACGGAGAAAGAUGAUAACUCCCACGUUCCACUUCUCAAUCUUAACUGACUUUUUAGAGGUUAUGAAUGAACAAGGAGGUAUUUUGUUAGAGAAACUUGAGAAGCAUGUUGACAAGGAACCAUUUGAUAUCUUCCUGGACAUCACUCUGUGUGCCCUUGAUAUAAUCUGUGAAACAGCGAUGGGCAAGAAUGUGGGUGCUCAGGAAAAUAAGGAUUCUGAGUAUGUUCGUGCUAUCUACAGGAUGGGUGAUCUAAUCCAACGGCGACAGAUGAGCCCUUGGCUUUGGCCUGAUCCUGUAUUUAGGCUGUUCAAGGAAGGAAGAGAACAUGAGAGGAGCCUCAAGAUCCUUCAUGAUUUUACAGAUACAGUUAUUGCAGAAAAAGCUGCAGAACUUGAAAAAAACAAGCAAACAAAAUGUGAUACUGACAGCAACUGUGAAGAAAGUGACUCCAAAAAGAGAAAAGCUUUCCUGGACAUGCUGCUGUGCGCAACAGAUGACGAGGGGAAAAAAAUGAGCUACAGGGACAUUCGUGAGGAAGUGGAUACUUUCAUGUUUGAGGGCCAUGAUACAACAGCAGCUGCCAUGAAUUGGGUACUGUACUUACUUGGACAUAAUCCUGAAGCCCAGAAGAAGGUUCACAUAGAACUGGAUGAGGUGUUUGGCAACAGUGAGCGUCCUGUUACAAUGGACGAUUUGAAGAAGCUUCGAUACCUUGAGUGUGUUGUGAAAGAAGCCCUUCGGCUCUUCCCUUCUGUUCCCAUGUUUGCCCGUACCUUGAGAGAGGAUUGCUUCAUUGAUGGAUAUCAGGUACCAAAAGGCACAAAUGUUCUUGUCAUAACUUAUGCUCUGCAUAGAGACCCUGAGAUCUUCCCUGACCCGGAGGAGUUCAGACCUGAGCGAUUCUUCCCUGAAAAUUGCAAGGGAAGGCACCCGUAUGCUUAUGUGCCCUUCUCAGCUGGACCCAGGAACUGCAUUGGUCAGCGUUUUGCACAAAUAGAGGAGAAAACUCUUCUAGCCCUCAUCCUGCGACGCUUUUGGGUGGACUCAUGUCACACGCGAGAAGAGCUUCAUAUAGCUGGAGAACUGAUUCUCCGUCCAAAUACGGGCAUCUGGGUUAAGCUGAAGAGGAGACAGAACACUGAAUCAGAAUGAAAGGAAGUUCAAGAUUUUAUUGUUCAAAAAACAUCCAAGCUAUUUAGGCUGAGACAUUAUUUUUAAAUGGCAUAUUUUGAUGGCAGUCCAACAAUCUAUUGAAACUAAAGUUACUGAUUGUUUCAUCAGAUGUUUUAAUAGCUGUAAGUUGCUCUUCUGUUCUAGUACAUAUUCAUCUUUGAAGUGCAAGUCUUUAAACACCAAAUCUUAGUAUCUUACCUACUCUGCUGAAAAAAUUCUAUUGCAACAGUGCAACAGUGGUGAUGGCUGCACCUUUGAAGACAAAGCAGAAAUCUGAUUAUUUCACUCCUCCUUUGUAAGCAUUAUCAGUAGUUCUUAAGUAGUGAGUGCUCUGAAUUAUUUUUUGGCAAAGCAUACCAUAAGGACUAAUCUGUGUAAUCAUACCAUAAACCAGAUAGUGAGCAAAUUACACACAGGAUUUCAUAAUGACAGAAACACUGUAUUACACAUUUUGAGAAUAAACUUCUAUUAUGCCUCAA